AAAAUGUUUUCGAACAUAGUGCGGCAAGCGAAUUUGGUUGUAAAAAAAACUCCACCAUAUUUGAGCUUAGUGCGGCACAAGGCAGCAUACGAGGGUGAAGGCAAAAUGACUGUCCGCAUCAUCAAUCAGGAACAAGACCUUGGCCUGAUGAUAGACUCUUAUGCAACCUAUGGAUUCAGACUCAACAAUGGCAUCACAGUGCUUGGCCCAAUGGCUAUUUUUCCCAGAUCGGUACUGUCAUGGGCGAUACGAGGUUCUGAGCAGAUAACAGAAGAUUCCUUACGAUUGUUCAAGCUUUUGGAACCAAAAAUUGAUUUGCUUGUGAUCGGCCUGGAGACGCGCGAGCGCAAAGCACAAGACUCUGUUUUCAUGGCUGCGCGCAGAGCGAAACUAAACGUGGAGAUUUUGGCUACGGAGCAUGCUUGCUCAACGUUUAACUUUCUCAACGCAGAGGGACGAUACGUGGCAGGAGCGUUGGUCCCACCUCUACACAUACAGCUAAACGAGGACGACAUGCUGCGAUCGAAGUUGCACUAUGAUAACUUAUACAUGAAAGAAUUGAAGGCCUAAAAGUUUACAGGCAGCAGAUGUGAGCAAAUACUAGAUAAAUAGGACUAGAAUAUUUAAUAUGUACAGAUGAAGUAAAGGUAACGCUUUUUAAAGCAUAUUGCCAGUCUUUUUACACGUGCAGCCUGUGGGUCAGUUACACGCGGCGGACAUACGGAACACUGCGCGUCCAGUACAACAAUGCGUUCAGGAUGCUGUUCCGACUUCCACCUUUCUGUAGCGCGUCAACCAUGUUUGCUGAGAAACAUGUCGACGAUUUCUACGCUACGCGAAAGAUUGGAGUCCCCAAUGCUGGGGCGGUGGUUGCGCUUGCACGUUGCUGCCAACGCGUAGCCAGUUGUUCUGACAUUGGCUGGUUUUAUUAUGUUUUUUAAACCUAACACUAGUUGAACUAUUUUUCUUUACUAACAAAUAUGAUGGAUGAAUGUAAGUCUGAAAUAAAUGGAUUAUUAUUAUUGUAUCUAUUUUAGAC